AGAAAGCGUUCAAUGAAUCUUCUCCUGUUCACAUUAUUUCCAUUAGCCAUAAGUUUCAUAGACCCGAACAGCAACAAGCAAAUCUUCAGAAGCUCUGCCCAGUCUCGUGGCUACUCGUAUCUCAAUUGUUCGAAUGCAGCGUGCGCUGGUCAUUGCGAAAAUGGAUGGACAUACUUCGACGAAACGGAUUCGUGCUAUAAGAUUUUCCGCUGGGAGACCUUUUACAACGCUGAAAGCCGUUGUAGGAAUUAUGGAGCACAUCUGGCCUCAAUCCACAGUGCUAAUGAAAACCAAUUUGUAGCCGACUUGGCAGAGACGGGACUUGAAUGGCCUUUCGAUCUUAUACAUGCACGUGCAACGUGGAUAGGUUUGAGACGGGCUGACUCCCCAAACGGGGAAUGGCUUUGGACAGACGGAACAAAAGCUAAAUUUCUAGCGUGGGCUCCGAAUGAACCGAAUAACGCGAACGGAAAUGAAGGCUGUGUGGAGCUAUUCAGUGACCGUUUUGAAGCUGCAGAACAAGGAUACUCUUUACAUUACCACAAAUGGAAUGACUUCAGGUGCUCCACCAAAGUGAGGUCAUUUGUAUGCAAGAAAAUCGCUCUACAUUGAUUUGCGUGAUUUGACUGUUGUAGUUGAUCGGCUAUCUUUUCAACACAAAGUAUCA